UCCCGCGAAUUUGUUGAAAGAAGUAACAUGGGUAUUCAAGGUUUAGCUAAAUUAAUUGCUGAUUACGCGCCAUCGUCUGUUAAGGAAAAUGAGAUUAAAAAUUAUUUUGGUCGCAAAAUAGCUGUGGAUGCUUCUAUGAGCAUAUAUCAGUUCCUCAUAGCAAUUCGCCAAGAAGCUAACAUGCUGACAAACAGUGAAGGUGAAACGACAAGUCAUCUAGUUGGAUUGUUUUAUCGAACUAUUCGAAUGGUUGAUAAUGGGAUUAAGCCUGUAUAUGUCUUUGAUGGAAAACCUCCGCAAAUGAAAUCAUCUGAGUUGGAAAAACGUCAAGAAAGGCGAGAGGAAGCUCAGAAAAGUCUUGAAAAAGCUGAGGAGGAAGGCAUAGCUGAAGAUGUCAAUAAAUUCAGCAGAAGGCUUGUGAAAGUAACCCGACAACAUAAUGAUGAUUGCAAAAAACUUUUAAAACUGAUGGGUGUUCCUUAUGUUGAAGCUCCUUGUGAAGCAGAAGCUCAGUGUGCAGCCUUGGUUAAAGAUGGGAAAGUUUAUGCUACAGCUACAGAAGACAUGGAUGGGUUAACAUUUGGUUCAACAGUGCUUUUAAGACACAUGACAUUUAGUGAAGCAAGGAAAAUGCCAAUUAAAGAAUUCCAUCUAAAUCGAGUAUUGGAAGAACUUGAACUUUCUCAAGAUGAGUUUAUUGACUUGUGUAUUUUACUCGGCUGUGAUUACUGCGAUAAAAUAAAAGGAAUGGGCCCCAAGACAGCUUAUGAUUUGAUAAAAAAGCAUGGUUCUAUUGAAAAAAUGUUGAAGGCAAUUAAUGGGAAAUUUAAAAUUCCUGAUGAUUGGCUGUUCAAAGAAGCAAGGGAAUUAUUUAAAUCCCCUGAAGUUGCAGAUUCAAAUACUCUGGAGAUUAAAUGGACUGAUCCUGAUGAAGAAGGUUUGGUCAAGUUUUUGUGUGAGCAGAAUGGAUUCAGUGAAGACAGAGUUAGGAAUUCAGUCAAGAAAUUGAUGAAAGAAAGGCAAGGUAGCACACAAGUGAGACUGGAUUCAUUUUUUACUGUUACUCCCAAAAUCAAUCCUGCUAAAAGAAAGGCUGAAGAAAAUGCAAAGUCUAAGAACAAGAAGGCAGCCCGUGGAAAAGGGCAGUACAAACGGGGAAAAUAAUUAAUUUUUAUGUGCAUGUGUGUUCUCAAUAGCAUUAAUUUCUUUUAAUUUUGUACUUUAAAUAAACUAAAUAAAUUACAUUGAACUUUCA